AUGGCGAAAGCUUCCCAUACAUUGCAAAAAGGUACUGUCGUCCAGCACACCGCCAAAGCCCAUAACCUGAAAGGUCAACUGCUUGAAGGGAGCAUGGAAUCUUUGGCAACAACCAUUCGUUUCGUCACGCUGAACUGCCCAACACUAUCGAGUGAAUUCCAACAAGCCGCUCUAUCCAGACUUCUACGAUAUCUCUGUGUGCCUUUUGCUGCACUGCAGGAAACACGUAGGAGAGAUCGGCCCGUCAUCAGCAUCGAAAAUUACACCAUAUACUACAGCGAUGCUGAUGAGAACAAACUAGGUGGCUGCGCGACAGCUGUGAGGAACGAUUACAAGAACCUGGUGGAGGGAUUUGGCUCAACGUCGUCUAGAUGCGCCUUUCUACGACUGCGGGAUCGCAGAGGACGUAAACUCUGGAUCGUAAGUGCCCACGCACCUACGGAAACCGCUGAGGACAACAGUAAGGACGCCUUUUAUGAUGAACUCAAUGUGUUGAUGUCUAAAAUACCAAGCCUGCAUGUGGUCAUUGUCGGAAUCGACGCAAAUGCGAAGAUUGGACUCGAACAGCAAUCUCGAACAGCAAGCAAUGUGCUAGGAAAAUGGUAUUACCCAGCGGAGCGCACGUCGGACAACGGUGACCGUCUGGUCGACUUGUGCGAACAGGCGGGCCUCAUCGCUUCCACAUUUAAGAGAAAUCAUCGACGCCAUCAGCUCACGUGGCAGGGGUCAACCCUUUUAACGCCUGAAGAGCAGCAGAAGCGGAAGAUGAGGACUCUUAGGCUUCAGCUUGACUACGUUCUGGCGAGGACCAUUCCUCAGUCAGAUAUCCGAAAAUCUAGAGCUGUUUGGGACGUCGCGUUCAACUCUGACCACCGCCCAGUUCUCCUCAACUUCAAGAUACGGUUCCACAAGAGAAACCGAAGAGUUCCUCUUCAACCGGAAAUCGACAUGGCAGGUCUGAAAGACGAUGAAUGCAGAACAAAAUUCCGCCAACGUGUGUCUAUUCAUGUUGGAGUACGGACCAGGAAGAAGCUUAGCGAUGCGGAUUCCUUCACAAAGUGCAUCCAGGACGCUGCAAGGGAAACGUUCCCGGUUCUAUUGCCGCGGAAGAAGUUUGCCUUCGCAUCUGCGGAAACAAAAUCCACAUACAAUUCUGUAUGUGUCGCGCGCAGCGCUGGUGACUUCAACCAGGAAAAGCGUCUUAGAAGGAAGCUGCGUCGUCAACUGCAACAAGACCGCGAUAACGAGUGGACGUCAAGAGCUAUGGAGUUUGAGAAGACGUGGGAGGGCAGGAACCCGCGGAAAGCCUAG